AUGUCUCUGGCGCAAUCCCUCGUUCUAACCAACGACGAUGGCUGGGCUGUUGCGAACAUUCGUGCCCAAUUUACUGCGUUGAAUAAUGCCGGCUUUGAUGUCGUGUUGUCGUCGCCCGCGGUCAACAUGUCCGGUUCUGGCUCCUUGUCAAUAGCCCCGAUCCCUCUCUUAGUGCCAUGUGAAUUCAACACUUGUCCUGUUGGCUCGCCUGCGGAGGGCUAUAAUGCGACCGAUCCUCGCCUGAACUACGUGAACGCGUUCCCUGUCGAUGCUGCCAGUUAUGGCAUUCAAACCCUUGCGCCUAAGUUCUUCAUUGAUCCCGCCCCAGAUUUUCUUGUCAGUGGGCCCAAUAUUGGAAACAACCUUGGAGUGGUUGUACAACUGUCCGGUACCGUAGGCGCCGCCUCCGAAGCUGCUAAACUGGGAAUUCCUUCAGCUGCCUUUGCUGGCGCAAGCGGAUCGCAUGUCUCCUAUACCACCCUCGAGAGCAGUCCAGACGCCUUAUCCUCCCUCGCCGCCGCCCUCUACUCCACUCUGACUACGUACUUCGUUGAAACACUGAUAAAUGGCGGCCCCGACCCCAUUCUACCGCCAACAAUAUUGCUCAACGUCAACUACCCAUCCAUUGACGACUGCCCCGAGCAGUCUGAUUACAAUUGGGUACUGUCGCGAAAUCUAUGGAACCCGCUAGCAACGGACGUGGAGACCUGUGGGAGUACGACGCUCCCGACGGAGUCAAGCGUUGUGGGUACCAGUGGAUGCUACGCGAGUGUAUCUGUCUUGAACGCGUUGACCAAGAUGGACGUGAAUUCGUCGGCGCAGGCAGCCGUCUUGACCAGGCUUAGUGCGCUUCCUUUGAGCUGUCUCCCUGAUUAA